GAAGCAUCAACAACAAACAGGAAGCUCGAAUCGAAACGGAGCAACCCGCGAGGUCGCCGAGAGCUGCUCGCUCGCUCGCUCGCUCUCUGAACCGUCUUCGUUUCUUUGGACAGCCAACAGAAUGGCCGAGAGCGGCAAGACCGAGCUGGUCAGCGCCAUCUACCUGCAGGAGCUGCAACCGCCGGAGCGGCGGGAUGCCGCCAAGCGCGACGACGACCGAGAGCCCACGUAUACGGUGGAGGAAGCGGUGGAGAGCAUCGGCUUCGGAAGAUUCCACGUCUUGCUCUUCGUCAUCAUGGGCAGCUCCAACAUUGUGGAGGCCAUGGAGAUCAUGCUGCUGGCGGUGGCGUCUCCCGAGAUCCGUUGCGAGUGGCGUCUGGAUGACUGGCAGGUGGCGCUGGUGUCCACUAUGGUGUUUUUGGGCUUCAUGGUGUGCGGCGCGCUGGGCGGCUACGUGGCGGACAAAUACGGCCGCUGGAAGGUGGUGUACGGCGGCUUCGCGUGGAGCGCCUACUUCUCCCUCCUCACCUCCUUCGCGCCGUCCUACGCCUGGUUCGUCUUCCUGCGCAGCAUGGUCGGUUGCGGCGUGGCCGGGGUGUCGCAGGGGUCAGCCGCUCGCGCACCUUCACGCCCGAAUCGCUUUUCGGCCCACGCGCUUCCUCUCUGCGUCCAGAUCUUCUGGAUGUGCGGCUCCAUGCUGAUCAUCGCGCUGGCCAUGUGGGCGGUGCCCACGCUGGGUUGGAGGUGGAUGAUCCGCAUCUCGGUGGCGCCCAGCGUGGCGCUCCUCUACCUCUUCAAGUUCAUUCCCGAGUCGGCCCGCUUCAACGUGUCGGCGGGCAACGCCGCCGCCGCCGCCGACACGCUCGGGUGGAUCGCCAAGAUGAACAAAGCCUCCCUGCCGCCCGGGCGUCUGGCGGACACGGUGGCGAAGCAGAGGGGCAGCUGGAGGCUUCUGCUCAAUUCCGCCUUCAGGAGGACCUCCUCGCUCCUCUGGUACUCGUGGUUCGUGGCCUCCUUCGCCUACUACGGCGCCGUUCUGAGCGGCUCGGAGCUCCUGGAGAAGAACUUGCUGUGCGUGACGGACGGCGAGCGCGCGCAUCAGCCGGAGAAGCGCCCGGAGGACGGCCGCUGUUACUGCGUCCCCUUCGCUGCCGGCGACUACCGCACUCUCCUCAUCAGCUGCCUGGGGGAGCUCGCGCUCAUCCCGGUCAACGUCUUCCUGCUGAACACGUUUGGCCGGCGCAAGACUUUGAUGCUGCUGCAGUCGGCGACGGGCCUUUCCUUCCUCAUGCUGAGCAUCUGCACCAGCACGCUGGGCUUCACCUUCCUUCUGCUGCUGCUGCGCUCGAUGGUCUCCGUGAACUUCACGGCGGUUUAUAUCUACACCGCCGAGGUCUACCCCACCGUGUCGCGCUCGCUCGGGAUGGGCUUCUGCACGUCGGUCAGUCGCAUCGGAGGAAUGAUCGCUCCCUUCGUCGCUCAGGUGCUCAUGUCUCGGUCGGUGAUUCUGGCGCUGAGUCCCUUUAGCGUCGCGUGCGGCCUCUGCGCCGUGGCAAGCUUCCUGUUGCCCAUCGAAACUAAAGGUCGAGCGCUGCUGCAAAUCUCUUGAUUGCCACCGCAAAAAGCUUUUGUCCCGCGCCAUGAAAACAAGAUGUGGCAGCACGCCGGGGCCCGCACAGUCCGCACGCCCCACACGCCCCGCAAUGCCCCGCAAUGCCCCGCUCCCCCUCAAAGUUUGGAGUUUUGGAAUUUCAGCUCAAACCUUGCGCAUUUUAGUUUUUUCCUUUCUCUGCCGCAUUCCAACAUGAGGCAGAGGCGUGCCGACCUGUUGGUCGAAUUUGUGCCCUUCAUGCUGUACAGUGGACCCUCCCCCAAAAUCUGCAAAGAAUUGGCGUCGAUUGUAGUUGCCUUGGGGG